CGAUCUCGGUUGGCUCUUUGAGGUGUGACCCCGUGUGUUUGUGUGCGCGCGCGCGCGUGAGAGAGAGAGAGAGAGAGAGAGAGAGAAUGGAGUCACCAGGACAGUGGCUGGAAAAUGCUCUGGUAGAUUUGUGCAAGAGAAUAGAGACGGGUUUGGAUUUGGAUAGGGAAAUAAUCUCCGGCUUAGUCUCUUACUGCGAGCUCGCUCAGCCCCUUGAUGCCAAAGAGUAUCUUGAUAAUAUCAUUGGGCAGGAAGCAGGAAAAAGCGUGAUUGAGGAAUAUUUACAUCGUAGAGGUCAUUCAGAUGUUGGCAGCAGCACACCAGCUGUCCAAACCUCAAAAUUUCAUGCUUAUGUCAAACCAUCAACAAACAAUGGUUCUGAAAGUGGAACCAAGAAACCAGUUAGAUCAGCUAAAGAUGUUGCUGUCUCUGGUUAUCAGAAUGAACCGAGGAAAGUUUCAGUUCCCAGUUAUCAGGCAGAACAAAAGAAGAACGCUAUUUCCAUUUAUCAAGAACAUAAGGUUUCAACCGAGGCAAGUGAGUCAAGCCAGAAGGGGAUCCAAGGUCAUUCUAGGAAGAAAAAGGCUGGGAAAGUCAUUUCGCUUGCAGAGGCUGCUAAGGGGUCAAUUGUGUUCCAACAUGGGAAACCAUGUUCUUGCCAAGCUCGUCAACACAGACUGGUAAGCAAUUGUUUAUCUUGUGGCAAGAUAGUUUGUGAACAAGAAGGAGAGGGGCCUUGCAGCUUCUGUGGUGCCCUUGUUCUAAAGGAGGGGAGCACCUAUGCUGGUAUUGAAGGAAAUUUGGCUCCCCUAUCAGAUGCUGAAGCAGUAGCUGAAGCUUAUGCAAAAAGGCUUGUUGAGUAUGACCGAAACUCUGCAGCACGUACAACUGUUAUUGAUGACCAAAGUGAUUACUAUGAGAUUGAGGGCAACAGUUGGCUGUCAAAAGAGGAAAAGGAACUUUUAAGGAAGAAACAACAGGCGAUAGAAGAAGCUGAAAGAGCGAAGCGAAAUAAAGUAGUUGUGACUUUUGAUUUAGUUGGGCGCAAGGUCUUGGUAAAUCAAGAUGAAGUUUCAGAACAAGAGUCAGAGAACAGAAUAUUACGGCCACCAGAUGAAAGAGACAGAGAAAUGAAUCGAAUUAAACCAAAUCCGACUCUUACAAUACAACCAAUCUUCAUGGAUCCUGGCCCUAGCACAAAGCCUAUGAAGGGUAAGGAGCGAGACAAGGUCCUUCCAAAUGGUUUACGCUUGGAAGUCACUGGGAGGGUACAGCAUGAUAGCAAUCAAUUGAAAUAUUUUAUGAUGGACACGUGACAACCAGUUAUAAACAGAAAAUGUGCGGCAUUGACCAGGUCCAUUAGUGAAUAGAGGUGUGCUUGUGGAAAGUGAAAACGAAUAUUCUCUGGAUGGCCAUUGAAGUCAAGGUUCAGCUUUUGUUUCUCUCUGCAAAAAUCUCUUGCUUGCUAAGGGUUUUAUAACUUUUGUUUCACCAGCAGGUAGGAGCACUGCAAAUUGAAGUUGUAUUUACCAUCGUUGAAUUAGAAGUAGCUAUGCUAAUACCCAUUUCAUCUACCAAUAAUUUUUUGUUGCGAAAAAUAUCAGGAUUUUUUAAGCAGUCAAUUGUAACAACGUUGUAUGUGUGA